CGUUAUCUGUUCAUUCUCUAAAAAAAAACAGGAAGGAGAGAGAUGGGUAUCCACUCCUCCAUCCCUAAAGGUCCUCCACUGAGGAUUGUGAUGAUUGGGAAAACUGGAGUUGGAAAAAGUGCCGUCGGUAACACCAUUUUGGGUAGAAAGGAUUUUCAUUUGUGUGCGAGUGCACACUCUGUGACGCAGAGCUGCCAGAAAGAACGGGUCAACAACAGGAGCAGAAAGGUCGAUGUGGUCGAUACACCGGGGGUUCUGGAUACGUCUAAAAGUGCAGAGAGCAUAAAGAAAGAGAUUGCAAAGUGCAUCCAGGUGUCCUCUCCCGGCCCUCACGCCUUUCUGCUGGUCAUCCAGAUCGGCAGGUUCACAAAAGAAGAAGAAAACUGCGUGCAAGCCCUGGAGAAGAUCUUCGGACCUGAGGCGUCUAAGUACAUGAUCAUUCUGUUCACGCGUGGCGAUGAGCUGCAGGGCACCAUUCAGGAUUACGUUCAAUACGGUCACCCCAAACUUCGGGAGUUGAUUAACAGGUGCGGUAACCGGUACCAUGUCUUCAACAACAAGAAAAGGAGGAACAGAACCCAAGUAGCUCAGCUGAUUAAUAUGAUCGAUAUGAUGGUGGUGGCAAAUGGAGGACAGCAUUUUAGUGAAGAAAUGUAUGAGGUAGCAGAGAAGACUCUGCAGCAGCAGAAAAAGUACAGAGAAACAACAGCGGAGGUUUACAACUUCCCCUUCAUGGCUGAGCUACAUCAGAGGGUCAUUCGCUUCCAGGCCGUACUGGCUGAUGGCGAACAAGACGGACACCAACAACCUGAAGCACUCCGGCACUGCCUUUAGUUUUUCACCAAAUCACAUUGUGUGCCUGAGGUCUAUUAAACGUGUUGAAUGCAUUUCCUGCUUGUAUUUUAAAACCUGCAUUGUUUACAUUCCACGUUAACUAGCUAGCUGGCAUUUCUGCUCUCUUUUGUAAAUUACUGUCACCUAUUGUCGAUUAGCAGAAUAAAAUGAUCAGCAAGAGUGUGCUCACCCACUGACAUUAUAUUGUGGGUGCACAAUACACAAAAAACUUGUAAAAACAUAGCACCAGUAGUCAAACACUCCACAUGGUACAUUAUAAUACAUUUGUGGGAAAUGGUGUCACUUUAAAUUUAGGUAUGGUGUGACAUAUAUACAUUAUUUCGUGUUUCUUUUUUUUCUUUUUUUCUGUGGUAAAAGGUCUCAUCGUGGUAAUAAAGUGAACAAUAAAAUAUACUCAAUGCUCCA